AUGUCCGACCAACAAGCCUCCUCGUCCACUCGAGACGAGCAUUCCCCCACACAUGCCCACCCCCAAGGUGGCCCCACGGUCGCCUCAGGCAUGGGAGCAUGGCGUGGCGGCAACCCCCUCGCCAAGACGGGCGCCGCGCUGCCGGCCAACAGCUCUUCUGUUGCCCUGGAUGCUGCGAGCGCCAAUGGCAACGUUGUCCCGGCCCUCGGCGGCUACAAUCCGGGAGACGCCUACUCGUGGACGGAUGGCGAGAUGGAGAUUGCUCUGGACGCGAUGCGGCUGCAUGGCAAGAACUGGCGCAUGGUCUCGCAACACGUCGGCACGCGAAGCGACGGGCAGUGUCGCGACUUUUACAACGCCUUCCGCAAAAAGCUCAAACUUGAUUCGAUGAUUGGGCUGGGACAAGCAUCAACCGCAUCCCCUGAAGACGACGUCGACAUUCAAGGCGAGGGCGACUUUAUCGAAGCUGCUGCAGGCGCGCUGCCCUUCGACGGCGUCAUUCCCGCCCAUUCCAUCCCGUCUGUCACCACGGCCCUUCCCGAUGGCACAAAGCAACUAGUCACAUACUGGACUCGUGUCGAGCGCGAGCGGCUGAUCGAAGGCCUCAAGCAGCAUGGCGGCGAUUGGAGUGCCGUUGCGCAGGUAGUGCAGACCAAGACGGCCACCCAAGUCAGAAACUUUUUCCACACCUACCGUCAGCAAAUGGAUCUGGACCAGCUGCUGUCGUCUACUCCUGAGCGGCGGUUUUCACAGUCGUCAGUGGACGAAAUUGGUAGUGUGCCAAACGCGACUGCAGUUGCCAACGAGGCGGACAGCCAACAUGUGGGCUUCAUGAGUGAUCAUGCUGCGGAGGUGGGCGACUCUCUCGACGUUCACCACGCCGUCGGAGCUGCAACUGAGCCCGUGAUCGAAACUGUGACCCAAGUAGAUGAGGGCAGCAAUGUUGAUGCAGCUCCUCCUGCAGCAGGCUUUGCUGAUUCCAACGAGCUGGCGCAUUCUGAUGAAGAGCAGCAACAUGCCUCUCCUAUGGCUGGCGUCGAAGAGUCCCAGCAACGUGCCGCCGUCGUCCCAGCCCUGGAUCGUAUCGAUUCGAGCCUCGUAGAAGCAACAUCCCCUUCUCUGAACGAGCCAACGCUGCCUUUGAUCGACGAAGCCGCCGUGUCUCACGAGGACUCGGGCCUGCCCUUGCGUGCUGAAACUCCACCACCACCACCACCAGUGGUGGCGGAAGAAGCAUCUGUGGCUGUUGAGGCAGCACCAAUGGCCGUGGAGGAACCACCAUUGGAAGUUCCCGCAGUUUCGGACGAUGCGCCAGCUGCUUAUGAAGCACCUGCAGUACUCGAAGAAGCGUCUGCGGUGCUGCAUGAAACUCCAGUUGCUUUCAAAGACACUCAUAAGGAGCCCACCGCCGCCGCGUCUCCUGCCUGCCACACUGCCGACACCGAUGCCAUGCAAGUGGAAGAUUCUGAAACCUACCCUGCUCAAUUGGAGGCUCCCACUGUUCCGACAGCAGAGACGACGUCCAUGAUGCAAACGGACGAGCACAUCGAGGCGCCAGAGCAAACUCCAUCCUUUGUUGAUCCAGCAUCGAUCCCGAAUCAGCCAACUCCUCUGCCCGAACCUUCGGCACCUCUCGACAUUGCAUCGGACCUCAGCCAGCACCACCCACCUGAGGACGAUACGCCAACCAUUCCGCCGAGCUUCGAGCCUCAUGUCGAACCUACAACGACGGAAAUCGACAAGGAAGUCGACGCGCCAGCGGGCGAGACGGCUGUGGCAAAGGAGGAUGCAGUUGUGGCCGAUCAACACCCCGAGUUUGCUCUUCCAACUACCAGCACGGAAGUCUCGCCGCUUCUGCUAGUGGCGGAACCGAGUGAGCCGGAUCAAACUCUUCAUUCUUCAUCAGAGCUCAGCCAGCAACCUGUGCCCGCCGACGCUGGCGAGGAUGGCACUGUCGUCGCUCCUGUCGACGCUGCCACUCCUGCUGCGGACGUUGUUGUUGCUCCCACUGACGCGGCAGCCGACACUGUUGCAGAAGUUGGGGUGGAAUCCCAACCAGCUGAGCCGCCUUCCUCCGAGUUGCCCGAGUCUCGCAGCCCUGUUGCAUCUGAAGUCGCGUCGGCCGAGGAGGCGCCACUGCUGCCUCCGUCCACUACGGAGGAAGGAGCCAACAACAACGAGGCUCUCCCUUAA